UAGAAGAUAAUACACAGAUCUGAAGAACUGGAGAGAAGUGAUACGAGUGUGACAUAUGUUGAGCUUCUUUCAUAGGGAUAUUAGGAGUUUUUAAAGAUUCAAAUGUCUUUGAAACAUACAGGUGAGAUGCCGAAUGUAUGUGACACAUGUGGUGCUGUGUUUACUCAUAAAAGGCAAUUAAAUGUUCACAAGAGAAUACACACAGGAGAUAACCCGUACAUGUGUGAUACAUGUGGUGCUACUUUCACUCAUAAAUGUAGUUUAAAGAAUCAUAUAAGAUUACACAUUGGAGACAAGCCGUACAAAUGUGAUACAUGUGGUUCCGCUUUCAAUAAUAAUCAUAAUUUGACGCGGCACGUAAGAAUACACACAGGCGAGAAGCCGUACAAGUGUGAGACGUGUGGUGCCGAUUUUAAACAAACAUCAAAUCUUAAAGUUCACAUGAGAAUUCACAAAGGAGAAAAGCCAUACAAAUGUGAAACAUGUAGUGCAGCUUUCACUAUUAAAGAGAAUUUAAAGGCUCAUAUUAGAAAACACACAGGAGAGAAACCGUACAAAUGUGAGACAUGUGGUGCUUUUUUCACUUUUAAUGGUAGUUUAACGAAACACUCAAUGAUACACACAGGAGAAAAGCCGUUUAAGUGUGACACAUGUGGUGUUGCCUUUAAUCAGAAAGUGAAUUUACAGAUUCACUUGAGAAUUCACACGGGCGAGAGGCCGUACAAAUGUAAGACAUGUGAUGCCACGUUCACUCAUCAAAAUGGUUUAACGAAUCACCUUAGGAUACAUACUGGGGAGAAACCAUUCAGGUGUGAGGUGUGUCGUACAGCUUUUAAGCAUCAAUCAAGUCUUAAAACUCAUAUGAGAAUACACACAGGAGAGAAACCGUUCAAGUGUGACACAUGUGGUGCUGCUUUCUAUCAGAAAGAGAAUUUAAAGACUCAUAUGAAAAAAACACACAGGAGAGAAGCUGUACAAGUGUAAGUUAUGUGGUGCUUUUUUCACUAAAAGACGUAGUUUAACGAAACACUCAAUAUUACACACAGGAGAGAAGCCUUUUAAAUAUGACACAUGUGGUGUUGCUUUCACUCAGAAAGGGAAUUUAGAGACUCGCAUGAGAAAACACACAGGAGAAAAGCCGUACAUUAACAAGUGUUAGUUAUGUGUUGCUUUUUUCUCUUUAAGAGUAGUUUAACGAAACACUCAAUAUUACACAAAGGAGAGAAGCUUUAAGUGUGACACAUGUGCAGUCAAUGCGAAAACUUUUUCUAGCUCAUAGGACAUUGCGACAGACAAGGACCAAAUUUUUACCUGUCGCAACAACUUUUUACCUGUCGCAACAUUUUUAAGCUAUCACAACAUUUUUUACCCGGUCCGACAACUUCUACCCAAUACAAUUAACUCUUACAAUACUGAAUGCACUGCUUAUAGCAGUUACAGUGACAAAGACUAAUAGACUAUUCUAAAUUAUUUCAUUUAUUUCAUAUACACAUAAUUUCAAAUGUCCCGACAAAGAAACUUAAUGUUCAACACUUACAGCGAAGCUCUCGCUUUCAUGCUGAGCUAGUCGUAACCGAAUGUGAGCGUAAUUUAAACAGAGCUAGCUUUAUCGCAAACGUAAACAU